GUUCAUUGGCAAAUUGUCUUUGGGGACAACUAUACUUACAAUUUGAUAAGGAUGCGAAAAGUGGAAAUGAAACUGAGAGAAAUUAUUUAGAAACGUCCUGUAUUUUCUUGUGCUGUGUUGUGCUGUCGGCCCUGAUACCCACAGAUGGUUUAACCCUGGCCAUGAUAUAUCUGAUCCUGAAAAUAUAAUGUAAAGCUGUUGAUAAAUAUAUACAUAACCUUUAAACUCCUGGUACUCAAUCAUACAGUUUUGAUAUGGAUUCAAGUGUGUGCCUGCAUGGACGUAUUGCUAUAGCCCGUACUAAUGCUAUGAAUAUAUUAUGACCAAAUAGGUGUGUCAUGGGAGAUUACCCUAGGAAUUAAUGACCAUUAGCUGAGCGUAACGUUACCGGCCUUUGAGAAGCAGUGAACCAUGUUUUGCCAGAUGUCAUCAGUGUUGCACAAGUGACCCUGUUGAAUGUUGAAAGGUAAGCCGUGAGCCCUGUUGCCUCGACAAUGAUGAAUGGCACGGAGUAUGACGCCGACCCCGCUGCCCAGUUGUUUGAUCAGUUCAUCAGCGCCGUCACAUGCAAGAGCAUUCUGGGAACCUUCCACGACCUCUGUGACAGCCUUGGCCUCACCAACACUGACCAUCGCAACUUCUACAAACAGCUAAAAUCCAAUCUGACGUCAUGGAAGGCCAAAUCAUUAUGGACAAAAUUGGACAAGCGGGCAUCACAUCGCGACUAUCGCAAGAUGGAGGCAUGUCCAAAUACAAAGGUGCUGAUUAUUGGUGCUGGCCCGUGCGGGAUGCGCAUGGCCAUCGAAGUGGCGCUGAUGGGAGGGAAGGCCGUUGUGGUAGAGAAGAGAGACCGGUUCUCUCGGAAUAAUGUCCUUCACCUUUGGAACUACCUCAUCUCUGAUCUGAAGAACCUUGGUGCAAAGAAAUUCUUUGGCAAAUUUUGUGCUGGUUCCAUUGAACACAUCAGUAUCCGCCAGUUGCAGUGUAUCCUCAUGAAGGUGGCGCUACUGUUGGGUGUGGAGGUCCAUGUCAACGUAGCGUUUGAGGAACUCAUCGAACCGCCAGAAGAUCAGUCAAGUCCGAUGGGAUGGCGCUGCCGUGUGACCCCUAGCAACCACCCGGUGUCGGAAUACCAGUUUGAUGUCCUCAUUGGCGCCGAUGGCAAGAGAAACACAGUGCCAGGUUUCAAGAGGAAAGAGUUUCGUGGAAAGCUGGCUAUAGCCAUCACCGCCAACUUCAUCAACCGCAACUCGAAUGCGGAGGCACGGGUGGAGGAGAUCAGUGGCGUGGCGUUCAUCUUCAACCAAAAGUUCUUCCUGGACCUGAAGGAGAAGACCUCCAUCGACCUGGAGAACAUCGUGUACUACAAGGACGAGACCCACUACUUUGUGAUGACGGCCAAGAAGGCCAGUCUGCUGGAGAAGGGCGUGCUCAAAGAGGACUACAAUGACACUGUGCAGCUCCUGUCCCGAGAGAACGUAGACCAGGAUGCAUUGCUGACCUAUGCAAAAGAGGCGGCUGACUUCUCCACCAAUCACCAGCUUCCAUGUCUGGACUACGCUGUCAAUCACUACGGCCAGGCCGAUAUAGCCAUGUUUGACUUCACGUCCAUGUUUGCGGCAGAAAAUGCCUGUCGAGCCCUGGAGAGGCAUGGUCACAAACUUGCGAUCGCAAUUGUCGGGGACAGCUUACUGGAGCCCUUCUGGCCGACUGGGUCUGGAUGUGCAAGGGGCUUCCUUGGUGUGUUUGACGCAGCCUGGAUGAUCAAGAGCUGGGCGUCAGGCAAGAUGUCCCCCAUUGAGGUGAUCGCAGAGAGGGAGAGUAUCUACCAGCUCCUGUCACAGACCACGCCCGAGAAUCUCCACAAGAACCAUGGCCAGUACUCUAUCGAUCCAAACACAAGGUACCCCAACCUGAACCUGAAGAACCGCCUGAAACUGGCCCAGGUGAAGCACCUGUACGACGGCCCUCUUGACAAUCUCCUCAUAGAGGAGGCAGUGGAUGAUGCUGGGCCUGCCAAGCGGUCGCGCAUCUGUGGCACAACCGUCAACAAUGAUCUGAUAGACAGCUAUUCUCUCCUGCGAUGGUGUCAGCGGGUACUCAACACGGGCAGGUUCCGCAACGUUCACGUGGUGGACUUUGCUGGAUCGUGGAGGAACGGCCUUGCAUUCUGUGCCUUAAUACAUGCCUUCAGGCCGACACUGCUGGACUUCAAUCUCUUGAUGGAGAGUGACGUGGCCAAGAACAAUCAACUGGCCUUUGAUGUAGCUGAGAAGGAUCUUGGCGUGCCCCCGGUGAUGACUGGCGAGGACAUGGCCAAGUCCCAAAUCCCUGACAAGCUGACACUGGUGUCCUACAUCUCACAGCUCUACGCCAUCUUCCGCAAGGAGCCAUUGCCCACAGUGACGGUGCAGGUCCAGCGUCGCCACCAUCCAGAGCCAUCACCGAAGAGCCUGCGUUCUCCGAGUCGCAAGAUCUCCCUGCUGCAUCGGCUGUCCAACCGUUUCUCCAAGACCAAGAGGGUCAGUGCCGCCACCCCGGGGAAACUGAAAAAAGAGGUCUGUGAUGCUGUGGACAACAAAAUGUUUGGCAAGUCUGGCCAGAACAUGGACAUUAUGGACCGAGAGAGAAGUGUGGAGCUCACCAAGUACAGCAAGCUGCCGAUGGAGGAGAUCGCCAACAAGCUGUUCGUGGACAAGAAGCCAGAGGAUCUGCCCAAGGGCAAGGACAACGUACAGAGCGGUGUCAGCGUGACUGCCAUGGCCGAAAUCCUCGCGUCCAAGUUCAGGGGGGAAGAACCUGCAGCGCAAAAGAAAAUGAAGACACCUGGUGUGCUGGUAGCGGCCAAGCCGGAGAGUGAGUUCUGUGUGUUCUGUCUCAAGCGGGUGUAUAUCAUGGAGAGGAUGAGUGCGGAGGGUGUUUUCUUCCACCGUGGCUGUCUGCGCUGUGACUACUGCAACACCAACCUCCGCCUCAACAACUACUCCUGCGAGAGGGAGAUGGAUGGAGAAGUGAAGUUCUACUGUUACCGCCAUGCCAAUGCUGACCAGAGAAUACGCUUGAAGAGAAAGAGAAUCAUAUAUGACGAUGAUGGUUCGAAGGAGAACAUUCCCACCGUAGUCACCAUGUCCAUGUCCAAGACCGGCAAGGACAACAUCAUCCUCCCGCCACAGAAGAAAGAAGAAACACCGAAGAAGGGAUCAGCCCUCAGCCCACUGAUGGUGCCUGAAGACCCGUACGAGAAGGCGAAGAAGACGCCGGAGCGUGUUGAGUUUGAGAACACCUUCGAGGGUCUGGAGGAGGAGUCGGAGGAGGAACAGUUCGAGCACAACCUCCGCGCGUCGUUCUCCUCGGACAAGCUGCUCGACGGGGAGGAGGACUAUGACGAGAGCGACACCGACUCGGAAAGUGAUUACCUAGAUGACCAACAAAUGGCUCAUAUUUUGUCUCAAUGGUCUGGAGCCGAGGAUGAGGUGUUGGUGGAUCAGAACGACAGUGACAUCAGCAAGUCCAUGACGUGGGAGGAGGCGUGCCAGCUGGCUGAGAACUGGAACAAACGCCACUCGCGUGAAAACCUGGCAUCUGCCGGCGCGGACGAGGGGGAGGAAGGGGGAGCGGCGUACUCGCGACUGGUAGACGAGGGGGAAGAAGAGGAGGAGGAAGAGGAUAGCACCGAGGUGGAAGUGUCCGAGUAUGAGACAGAGGAGGAGACAACCGAUGUUGAAACUGAAGAGGAGAAUACAGAGAGCAGGGAGGAGUCUGCCCCCAGGAGUGAGAACACUCGCAGCGAUGGAACAUUCCAACACACCACGGAGUCAGUCUCCCCUCUCAAGUCCCCCUCUGUGUCAGCAGUGGUGUCAGCAAGGGCCAACUUCUUCGCCACACCCCCGGAGCCAGUGAGGAUCGAUGCUGUGAGGGCCCUGGGCCUCACUGAGCAGCAGAAGGCACAAGUGUCCCUGGAGGAAGAGCCUUCAGACAGAACACAGACAGACAAGACGGACAAUCAGGUAUCUGAGAUAUCUGAGUUUGAACAAAACCCUGAACAAGGUGGAGAAGAUGCUGGCACAGAUGAGGACGUGCUGGAUGUGGAUAUUGAGGAUGAAGAUGAGGAGGAAGCCAAGUUGGGCAGUGCAAUGUCAAAUGAUGAGGGGGAGGAGGCAGACGGGGAGGAGGAGAUGGAGACGGAGUCCGAGGGGGAGGGGGACCGGGGCCAGAAGGAGGCGGACCUGGACAAGACUGCUGUAAGCAGGGCCAUGGAACAGCUUCUCAAGGACAUGGACAAUCGGGGCUCAGUUGAUUCUGAACAGGGGGAGGGAAGGGUGGUGUUGACAGAUUCGGGAGAGGAGGAAGAGGAGGUGUUUGGGGAAGGAGAGAGAGAUGGUGAGAUCGGAGAGGACACUGAGAUGGCUGUGUUGAGGAGUGUCCGGGAUAUGGAUGACACUGGGGGUGAGGGGGAGGACGGAGGGACUCUUCAGCAGGUCCUGCAGGAGGUGCUGGACAUGGACGAGAAGAAAGAAGAUGUUCACCUACGAAACAUCGAUGAUUCAUUUGUGACUCGACGGAGGAAGAAGAAGCUGUCAGGAAAAUCUUACAAUCCACCUGGACAUGUGUCCGACUCAGACACUAGUUUUACAAUUUCUACUCCUUCACAGAACUCUUCCACCAGCUCUUUAAACGAUGAGUUUGAGAAUAACAAACACUACUUAGGUGAUGACGAUGACUUGAAGCCGGAUGCUGACAUGUUGAGAGACUAUACAGUCACACUGAGCACAGCACUGGAUGAGAGUUACUCAGAAUCAGAGAUGCCAUUACAGAACCAGCCUGAGGAAGAGGAACUGAACAAGACAAUACAAGGAGAUAAAACCCUCAACGACUCGACCAGGUCGGGAAACGACAGCGUAUACCUCACCCCGACUGUAGGUGCCAGUAAUGAAGAGCAGGCUCCGUCCUCGGGGUCUGAUGUGUUCCUGACUCCGGAAGUUACCGACACUAAGCCAGACGUACUGGAGACUCCUAAGGCUCCCUCUCAGACUGAUAAACUCUCUCCAAAGAAACUCAUUAAGAUUUCAACACCAACUCCAAAGAAAGCUGUCUCUCCAACUCUUGUGAAGAAAAGUGUCUCCAAACCUAACAAUAAGACUUCUCCGCCAACUAAGAGUAAAAGAAUCAUUCUGUCGCCUGUGAAGAUCACAACAGAACCAGAACCGAAGGGAAGGGCACUGCCAAAGCCAGCUCCUCGGAAAUCUGAUUCAAAACUCACUUCAAAGGUUAAGACUGAUACUAAGCCCAUUCCUAAAAUAUCCACAUCAAAAACUGAUACCAAACUGAGCCCAAGGACUUCUGCCGGGAAAACAGAAUCUAAAAUCAGUCCCAAACCAGCUCCUCGUAAACUACCCAUUCCUCCGAAUGUCAAAGGUCAAAGUUCUUCACCUCGUUCUCCAGCGACUAAAGCUCGGGCUAAUACAUCAACCACGUCGGACUCUUCCCCGUCAUUCAGCCGACCAACAGCGUCCUCCAGAGCCAAGAAAUGGAGUGACACCGACAGCCGAGAGGGCAGCACUUCACCCGGGUCAUCACAAGCCAAGACUCCACGGCAGAACAAAACUAAAAUAUCCGUGGACAGGAACGUACUUCUGUCAGACUCGUCCUCUGAGAUCCUCACAUCGGAUGGAACUGAGGGCACAAAGAAGAAGAUUCCUCUUGACAAGAGCUUGGUGAAAAGCGACAACCUUGCCCAAAAGAGCUUUGAUGAAGGGAUUGAAGAUAUUCCUUUUGCGGAUGAGAGUGAGUUAGAUGAGAGAUUCUACACUCCAGCCACAUCCGUUAAGGCCCGAGUCCUGCCUGUUCCAAAAGAGGACACAAAUGUCCGUAAACGCCUCCUCCCAUCACCACCAAAGAACAGCGGAGGUGUUCCUCCUGCCAACCAGAUCCUCGAGAUUCAGAAGGCGCAGAAGGAGAGGAAUAAAAUCAAGAUCAGAGAAGCCCCUCAGAAGAAGGAGGAUGAAGGUAGUGGCGGGCUUCAGUGUGUUAAUAAGACCUUUCAGAAUCCUGUUGUUCCUCGUCAGGGAAAGAAGUCUGAGAACUCUGAGCGUGACCGACGGAGCACGUCCUACUCCUCAAUGGAUCCCAGUACGAGUGACAUGGUGACGGACAGUGACGACAGCCGUCUGUAUGGUUUACACACACCAACAUCUAGUGCUCCUGAAUCGGAGAACUCAUUGCUGGGUAGUAAAGGCAAGAAGAAGAAGAAAGGUGCUGAUAAAACAUUCAUCGAUAAGGAAAAGAAACGCAAAUCUCUGUUGUCUAAGCUAUUGCCAAUUAAGUCUCCAGAGAAGACGUUGAAAGACAGGUCGAGCACACCCAACCUCUCGGACUCCAGUAGCAGUGCGACAAAGAAGAAAAAGACACCGAAGUCGGACAAGAAGAAGCGGACCAAGACGAAGGACAUCGCAGAUUCGAGUCUCAGUGACAAUUUGAAGGACCUGCGGAUUGGUUCUGUGUUCACCACGGACCUGUCCAAACUGCCUGGCAACAGGCACCACAUGGGCUCCACACUACCUAUAGCUCCCAAGGCAGAGGUGGAUGAGUUCUCAGACUCGGGUGAGAGCAUGAUGUCAACCAGCACGCUACAUGGCAGGAAGAGUUUCAACUUAACAGACAAACCAGAUGACAAAGUUUCCCGUCGCAUCCAGAAAGCAGCUGUGAAGCAGCACAAACAGGCGGAACAGAAGCGGCUUCGUAUGGCGCAGGAGAUUCAGCGGAAGCUGGAGGAAGUCGAUGUCAAACAACGGGAACUUGAACAACGCGGCAUUAUUGUGGAGAAGGCAUUACGAGGGGAGGGACCAGACGCAGACAAGGAGGAGGCCGGGCUGAUGCAGGAAUGGUUUAACCUGGUUCACGACAAGAACAGCCUGGUCCGAUACGAGUCCGAACUCAUGGUGCGGGCCAAAGAGCUGGAACUGGAGGACCGCCAGGCGCGUCUGGAGAACCAGCUCCGGGAGAGGAUGAACUCAGGAGAUCUGGACAAGUCUGAUGCAGAGAUCAUUGAUGAGAAGAACAUCCUUGACGAGCUGCUGGAAGUGGUGGAGCAGCGAGACAGCCUGGUGGCCAUGUUGGAGGAAGACAGGCUCAGAGAGCAAGAAGAAGACAAAGACCUAGAGGAAGUAAUGUUGAAGAAGGGCUUCGCGUUGUCCCCCAUCUGUGUGCCGGAGAGUGAGAAGUUGGAAGUCUCCUGAUCCACGUUAUAGCUCCCUAUAGCCUGCCUCAAGUCCCACAGGGCAACCCAGCCAGUUGUACUCAUAACUCAUUGAAGUCCUCCUAGUUCAGUAGAACACUACAAUACAACCCACAGUUGUUGUACUCAUGGCACGACUCAGUGCUUAACUCCUGAUGCCAGACUGGCAUUACAAACGUAGUCUGGAGAGCCGCUUGCUUUACAAACGAUAGUGGUCAGGAGAGCCGCUUGCUUUACAAACGAUAGUGGUGCUGUAUGGACGCUUGUGUAGAUGUUCAAGCAGCGAUCUAUAAGCAACGCCGUCAUCGAUGCAUUUAUCUUCUAUAUGCAGUUGUACCACUAGACUAGCUGUCCUCACUCCAGGACUGAUGUGAGGUGUUUUCUACCUACAUGUGAUAUUGCUGUUUAUCCCCCGAUUCCUUGUAUCAUAUGUGGAUCAUGCAUUCCCCGUGUUCAGGUGGUGACGAAAGGGUUAAUUAUUGUAAUUAUUGUAUUUUGUUACCAUGGUAACAUGCAUUGUUAGAACCCCUUGCUUCAGCAUUAGCAUGUGUGUUUAAAGUUAGAUGUGUCAAUAAUCACAUGCCGUUAUGAAGCAACAGUCAGCAUGAAUCUCUUGUAAGCCGACACUGAACUCCAGCAUCGUGUGUGUCCAGCUAGAUCCAUCAUUACCAAUGUGAAACACAGGUCUCUAUACCACGAAUCUCUUGUGCGGUAUACAUCUGGGCUAUUGCCCCAGACUUAAAUGUUUGAGUUGUCAUGGGUGUGUCAACACACUCUCUCCAUGUUGUUAGGAACUUAGGAACGUAUUUCUUUGCCGAUCUCCCUGAGAUUGGUAACCUAACAGUGAUUUAGCUACAUCAACACUGCUCUAAAUAGCCUGACUGUACUGCCUGUAUCAACACAAGUUCCUCAUGUUAAUGUUGUCUUCAACACAUCAAUUAUUACUGAUUCUUGUACCGACACUAGGCUCUACCAGGUUCCACAAGACACAAGAUUGAUGCUGAACCCUGAGCAGCUGUUGAAGCAGAAGAAAGAUUGUCUACCGCUGGGAUAUGGAAGCACCUUUUUUUGCCCUGAACUUGUACAAGAUUUAUUUUGGGGUACACGAACCAUUGUUCACAUUGUUCACAUUAACAGAGCUACAGAUAAUCUGCGUAUCUGCGUAUCUGCGUAUCUGCGUAAAAUACCCCCCCAAAAUGUUCAAAACCCAAUUACUUUCAAUCAACUUUUGUACAGAAACGCAUGCAUUAAAUGAAAAACUCAAAUGUAUAAAAACACCAUGUGUAAAUACCCGAUAAAGCUUUUUCAACAUGUGUACAACCGGGCUAAUUUAUUUUCCGAGUCAAGCCUAUAAAGUUAGAACUGUUAUAUACAUCUAAAACAUUAUUAUUAUUUUUUUUAAUCAUAAAAUAUUUACUUAUUUUGGGAAAAAACAAAUAGAGUGAUGAAUAGAUGAGGGAAAAAAUCAUGGUUACCCAAUGAAAAAUGUAAUAACCAAAUUAAAAUAGAAACCUUUGAGUAAAAAACUCAAUUGCUCAGAAAGUUAUCAGGAGCUCUGCAUUAAUAUGAGGAAGUAAAAGCAUGUGUACUGUUCAUGUUUCUGCUAUGAAGACCCACUGCGCUAUACAGCUUGUAUGUAGCCUGGCUGUGGUCCACCAUGUAUAUCCCUGAGGCAUUCUUGUUACUUACAGCAUGUGUACUGUUCAUGUUUCUGCUAUGAAGACCCACUGCGCUAUACAGCUUGUACGUAGCCUGGCUGUGGUCCACCAUGUCUAUCCCUGAGGCAUUCUUGUUACUUACAGCAUGUGUACUGUUCAUGUUUCUGCUAUGAAGACCCACUGCGCUAUACAGCUUGGACGUAGCCUGGCUGUGGUCCACCAUGUCUAUCCCUGAGGCAUUCUUGUUACUUACAGCAUGUGUACUGUUCAUGUUUCUGCUAUGAAGACCCUCUACGCUAUACAGCUUGGACGUAGCCUGGCUGUGGUCCACCAUGUAUAUCCCUGAGGCAUUCUUGUUCCUUACAGCAUGAUGUAACACAGAUCAGAAGAUUGGAGAACAGGAAUAUUGACAGGAAGGUCUCCUUGCCCUGUAAAAUUAUCUUCAGUGGACUGUUGCUUGUAUGCAGGUGCUCCGCCCGGCCCCACCCCACGCUGGGGGCUGGCAGGCUGGUCUCUCAUAUGGCUUCAGCAUUUUUUGAUGAACUUGCACAAGAGACCUUCUGUUUGCUAAAUGGAACUUGUUUCUUUUCUCAGCAUUAAACUGAAUACCGUGAGGAUGAAUCUCAGAUUGUGUCAUGUAAAUGACAUGUGAGUUCCUAUGUGAUGACCACUCUUGAAGUUUGCUGACAUUGCACAUUGUCGAUGUGGGUGAAGUUUACUUUGCACAUGGCAUGUUAAUUUGGAUUUGAUAGAUAUUUGAAAUACAUGUAAACUCUAUCUGUGUCAGUUGUAGCUGGAGUAUGAUGACUGGUUGUAGUAUUUCAUAUUGGUUGUUCCCUUGCUCAUCUGAGAUGACAGCUGUUUAACUUUAAGUUAACACCAAAGAUAUUUCCUAUCGCAUCAUUGACCUCAAUCUCAUAUCAUUUUAGUAUUUAAAGUUUUAACAGCAGAAUUUUUAAUUUAUGUGCAUAAAGGAUUUAUUUACAAGUAGAUCACAUACAUGCUUCAAUGUCACAUGAAGUGCAUCGAUGUGUAUUUAUUCACACAUGUAUUCAAGAUGUCCAUCAACUGUAACCAUGGUAACUGGUCUGGUCACAACUUCAUCCAACCAGGACCACUCAUGUCACACUAAUUACACACUUGAUUUAUUCAGCAACUUAGAAAAGUAUUCAAGUAAAAGAACCAAUGUUAAGAACAAAGAAUGUGUAUUCUAGAUAUUGUCAAGACCAAUUGUUGGCCCUGUUGAUUGUGUGUCUGUGCCGAUGGAGUGUGUGUGUCCUAUGGUGUGGCCCUGUGACUGGUGCUACUAUCUCCACACCUCACGCUGCGUGUGCAACGUUAUUAUCACCAUCUUGGCGAGGCAAGGGCGUUAACUGACUGUAAAAGUCCUGUUUCCACCCUUGCUGAACUAGGCUGGAAUUUCUGUACUCAAUCGGAGCACCACCAGUGGCUGUUACGAGUUAUGUUCCUUCUAUGUCCUUCCUCUUGACAAAUCAGAUUCCACCUCUCACAUCACUUUUAUUUGCUUUAAACAAAAUGGUGGCGCCCAGGUAAGACGAUCUGAUCGAUAAUCAAAAUGUAUGUUGUGAUAAAAUUUGUCUUUCUUCCCAAAGUGCAACAUGAAAAGAUUUGGAAAAUACCUGUUGAUGCCGAAUUGGCAGUACACAUGCUUUGCAAAUCCUGCAAGGGACCAAAUUCUGUAUGACAGUUUACUAACCGGAUGUUGACUUCGUAACGCAAUUUUGAUUGGACAUAGACUCGUUAGUCCAGACAAAAUAAGACUCCAUAAUUGCAGCCUAGUUCAGCAAGGGUGGAAACUGGACUUUUGGUAUUUGACAUUGUGUACAUUGAUGUGGCCCCACUCUAUAGAAGUUGACAGUGGUUCAUCGUUGCCAUCACCUGUGUUUGUAGGUUGACACUGUGUACAUCGUUGCCAUCACCUGUGUUUGUAGGUUGACACUGUGUACAUCGUUGCCAUCACCUGUGUUUGUAGAUUGACACUGUGUACAUCGUUGCCAUCACCUGUGUUUGUAGAUUGACACUAUGUACAUCGUUGCCAUCACCUGUGUUUGUAGGUUGACAGUGUGUACAUCGAUGCCAUCACCUGUGUUUGUAGGUUGACACUGUGUACAUCGUUGCCAUCACCUGUGUUUGUAGAUUGACACUGUGUACAUCGUUGCCAUCACCUGUGUUUGUAGAUUGACACUAUGUACAUCGUUGCCAUCACCUGUGUUUGUAGAUUGACACUAUGUACAUCGUUGCCAUCACCUGUGUUUGUAGAUUGACACUAUGUACAUCGUUGCCAUCACCUGUGUUUGUAGAUUGACACUAUGUAUGCCUCUAGCAAAAUUAAUGUUGUGCUGUCCCUUUUUUUCUGAGGAAUUUCACAUGCAAUUUCUGUGAUGCAAAGCUUCAAUGAUAUUAGGUCAUCCCUGUAAAUGUACUGUUAUAUGAACUGGUUCAGACUAACAGCCAAUGGUUCCUUUUGAACAUGUUACUUUGUGGUUAUUUUUUAAGGGUAUUUAUCUCAUAUGUUUGGUUGUAUUUCAGAAUAUUAUUUUGAGCGAGACUCCGAGGUACGAGAGCCUCAAUGCUUGUUGUGUGUAUAAACCUGUGUACAUAUACGUCCCGGACUGCGUCCACUCGUGUAUAGCCUGCUUCCUUGUUCAGUGUAUAUAUACAAGCAUAUUGUUGUCAGCUAUUAUUUAUGUUGUUGUUGAAAGAAUCAAGAUUCCUGUCCAUUUGUCUGUCCAUAUUACAGUGUCCCACUACCGUGGUUACAUAGAUCUCAUGUCAGCACAAUCAUUAAUCCAGCUGCUGCUUCACGCGACUCCAGUCUGUCCCUCCCAUGCUAUUCUCUACACGUCCACCUCUUCUCAUCACGUGAGGGGCGGUCGGGUAGCCUAGUGGUUAAAGCGUUUGCUCGUCACGCCGAAGACCCGGGUUCGAUUCCCGACAUGGGUUCAAUGUGUGAAGCCCAUUUCUGGUGUCCCCUGCCGUGAUAUUGCUGGAAUAUUGCUAAAAGCGGCGUAAAGCCAUACUCACUCACUCACUCACUCAUCACGUGACUCGAGUCUGUCCCUGCCAUGCUAUUCUCUACACGUCCACCUCUUCUCAUCACGUGACUCCAGUCUGUCCCUGCCAUGCUAUUCUCUACACGUCCACCUCUUCUCAUCACGUGACUCGAGUCUGUCCCUGCCAUGCUAUUCUCUACACGUCCACCUCUUCUCAUCACGUGACUCCAGUCUGUCCCUGCCAUGCUAUUCUCUACACGUCCACCUCUUCUCAUCACGUGACUCCAGUCUGUCCCUGCCAUGCUAUUCUCUACACGUCCACCUCUUCUCAUCACGUGACUCCAGUCUGUCCUUGCCAUGCUAUUCUCUACACGUCCACCUCUUCUCAUCACGUGACUCCAGUCUGUCCCUGCCAUGCUAUUCUCUACACGUCCACCUCUUCUCAUCACGUGACUCGAGUCUGUCCCUCCCAUGCUAUUCUCUACACGUCCACCUCUUCUCAUCACGUGACUCCAGUCUGUCCCUGCCAUGCUAUUCUCUACACGUCCACCUCUUCUCAUCACGUGACUCCAGUCUGUCCCUGCCAUGCUAUUCUCUACACGUCCACCUCUUCUUAUCACGUGACUCUAGUCUGUCCCUGCCAUGCUAUUCUCUACAUGUCCACCUCUUCUCAUCAUGUGACUCGAGUCUGUCCCUGCCAUGCUAUUCUCUACACGUCCACCUCUUCUCAUCAUGGGACUCGAGUCUGUCCCUGCCAUGCUAUUCUCUACACGUCCACCUCUUCUCAUCACGUGACUCCAGUCUGUCCCUGCCAUGCUAUUCUCUACACGUCCACCUCUUCUCAUCACGUGACUCGAGUCUGUCCCUGCCAUGCUAUUCUCUACACGUCCACCUCUUCUCAUCACGUGACUCCAGUCUGUCCCUGCCAUGCUAUUCUCUACACGUCCACCUCUUCUCAUCAUGGGACUCGAGUCUGUCCCUGCCAUGCUAUUCUCUACACGUCCACCUCUUCUCAUCACGUGACUCCAGUCUGUCCCUGCCAUGCUAUUCUCUACACGUCCACCUCUUCUCAUCACUUGACUCGAGUCUGUCAUUGUGCUGCUGGUGUCUGCGAGUCUCUCUCACAAACCUAGCCACCUAGGACCAAUGCACUGAUGACCAGUAAACUGCUCAACCUCCUAUGCUUUACCGCUUUCUAAGUGCAUCAAUCUCUUUUAACUAACUCUCAGGCUCAUGCUUUAAACAUUUGCCAUGAUCUAUGUGCAAUUCAUGAAACACUCACUUGUUGUCCCGCGCUGCAUGAAGUGGUGUCAAAACGUUCUUUUUGUCACUAAGCACAUUCAUCCAUCCUUAAGGUUCUUCCUAGUUACAUUCAGUGUGAACAAAUGAUAGGCAUCUUCCAUAAGAUCUUGGUAAGGAUAUGGCAUUAAUUCCAUGUUCAUCAAUUUAUGUUGGUAUCACUUCUUUUUUAUCAAUGUAAUAUGGCCAGUAUUUGUGAAGAACUGAAUUAGUUCUAUUGUAAUUAUAUUACCACUUCUUACCACUUUGUAGAAAUGUAAACAUACACAUCGAUAUUUAUGUGUUAUUUUCAGGUUUCAAAAUAAUUGUUAUUUGCAUCAAAUUCUCAAUGUCCAAGAUGCUUGAAAUGAGUAACAGAUCCCAUACAGGUUGAGUGAGAGUUGUCUCCCCUUUGAUCUACAGGCCGCAUUAUGACUGGUCCUGCUAGUCUGUUCUGUGUGUGUGUGAUGUGUCUGUAGAUACUCCAGCCAGUGAUGUCACAAGGAAGAUAUUGACAAGUAUUCACUGGUCAUGCAGGAACUCACAUUGAGCUCACGUAAAGAGAGGAUAUAUGUUUUGUUUGUGUUUUGUCAACCACUUUGUUACGUGAUACAAUGUAAUUGAGCGACUUCCCUUCGAAGGUCUACUGUCUCUGUAAGUUACUCCUAUGUUAAGCUGUAGUUAGAAAGUGAAAGCAAUAAUUGUAUUAUUACUGAUGUGAGUGAAUGUUGUUUUGUUGUAUCACGACAAGUGUUAUCCGGGCAAACAAAUCAUGUGUCAGUCCUCCGCCACAUGUUGUGAUGGGAUUUCCCGUAUUCUGCUUCUGUGGCGACUUGUGCACUGAGUGCAACAUACACCAUGUGUGCUGGGCUCCUCAUAUGCACUUACAUGCAUUGUCACUGCACUCCCUGAUGACGUAGUCCACACCGGAAACGUCAUGGGUGUCCUGUUACUAAGUAAGCUAGCUGAAGGUUGCACAGUGUCAUGUUGUUGCUGCCAUCGUGUCAUGUCAUGCUGGUUGCUACCCUCGUGUCGUGUCAUGCUGGUUACUGCCAUCGUGUCGUGUCGUGUCAUGCUGGUUGCUACCCUUGUGUCAUGUCAUGCUGGUUGCUGCCAUCGUGUCGUGUCAUGCUGGUUGCUACCCUCGUGUCAUGUCAUGGUGGUUGCUGCCAUCGUGUCGUGUCAUGCUGGUUGCUGCACAAGACCCUGUGUGUUGAUUAAGGGGAACAUUUGUGUUCGUAAACUAUGCCAGAACAAGUAGUGUGAUCAAAUCCCAGAUUUUCCCCAAAUAUAAUCCUUGAUUCUGACCGCCACACCAAUACUCCAUGUUUCCUCCAAAUUGGGCUGUUGGCCCACAUAAGCUGACACACCAUUUGGAUGUUCCAAGCUGCAUUAAGCCCAACUCAUUUGCCAGAUGUCAACAGUCUUUAUGUGGGAUGUCAGUUUAUUAUUAGAACUAAUAUAUUGUUAACAUUUUUCACUCCUUGAAUAAGAACGCUUUUUCUGUUCCGUUGACAUGAUACAGCUGUGAAUGUGGUUCUCACCCUAAUUGGCUGCACUGACGUCAGUUUAGAUGAAUACAGCGAGGAAAUGUGUUGUGCAAGAUGGCCAUUGGUCCUGCGAACAGUGGUUGAAUUGCACACCGCAGUCUGUCAUUGAUCAACUGUUGGUUGACUGGUUGAAUUGUACACUGCAGUCUGUCAUUGAUCAACUAUUGGUUGAAUUGCACACUGCAGUCUGUCAUUGAUCAACUGUUGGUUGAAUUGUACACUGCAGUCUGUCAUUGAUCAGCUAUUGGUUGAAUUGCACACUGCAGUCUGUCAUUGAUCAACUAUUGGUUGACAGUGGUUGAAUUGUACACUGCUCUUGGUGAGAGAGUGGUUGUACCGUGUUUUGUUGGUGAUUGUGGAGUGUGGCUGGCUUUGUUGUUGGGUUUUCUCCAGCCAGUAGCAGCGCUGUUCAUGUAGGGCACCAUGUUGUUGAGUUGUUCAUGUUUUCAGUGUUCUGAAGUUGAUAAAAGUUGUUAAUAUUCUCAAAUAUUUUAUUAAUACCAAAUCCUAAGCCUACUUUGUUUAGAAUACUAUCAGAUAUAUUUCUGACAGUGGCUAGUAAUGGACAUGUACACCAGCAGCAAUAGGGAUAUUUUUGUAUAUUAACUUUUGUAAAAUAUUGGCAGUGUUCAUGUCAUAUCAUUUUGAGCAAGUGUUCACUCAUAGUUGGUUGCUUAAUAGCCUGCAGACAUGAACCUCCUUUCUUUGACAAUGAGUUCUUCCCAGAACAAUCUGCCAGCAUUAUUGUAGAGCUUUGUUGUUGGUAGUGGGGUAAUUAUUACCUAUUGUUUUGAGACAUAUACAAGCUUUGUAUCCAAUAGAUAGAUGUUUAGUCUGAAGUCUAGCUAUAUGUUUGUAUAGCACCUAGACAUUGGUUCUGGAUGGUAAUGUAUUGUUGAAAGUAGGAUCGAAUCAAAAAUGAAAAAGAUGUGUAAAUUAUCAACUGAAAUCGAUUCCAACACAUCCUCAGCAAUGACAUACGUAACAAAUAGAACCUCCCUUAGUCAUUUUUCAGUUUACGCCAUUUCUAUUCAUUCAUAUUUAUUUUGAAAACAUGAAGAUCAACCCAGUACCUUCAUGUCUCCCUGAGACAGUGUUGUCCGCGUUGGACUGCAAACAUCUACCUGGACUUCAGCCAGUGUGAGUACUGUAGGAUAAUGUGUGUCAAGUUUUGUACAGGUCUUCACAACAAGGCGCCAUAUAACCAUUUGCCUGCAUAUCACCCUUGAGAUUAAUUGUUUCUAGUCAUUUGCCCUGCUUUGCCUCUUGCUGAGCAGCAGUAACUUAGCAUUGCUGUGGCCUUGACCUACAGGUGUUAGUAACCUAGAAACGCUGUGGCUUUGACCUACAGGUGUUAGUUACCAAGCAAUGCUAUGGCCUUGACCUACAGCUAUCAGUAACCUAGCAACGCCAUGGCCUUGACCCACAGCUGUCAGUGUUGCUCUUUGUGGGAUAUGACUGUUCUCUGCUUCAUGGCUGGUGUCAUUUGACUAAAAUUAUUUUGUUUCUUUGUUUGGAUAAUGUGAGGCUGGGUGAUGACCAAGGAGAUAUUGGACUGCUUCUCUGCAGGUCACAGUAUUGGGACACUAGUAUCUCUUACCAAAGUGGGGCGGUCGGGUAGCCUAGUGGUUAAAGCGUUCACUCGCCACGCCGAAGACCCGGGUUCGAUUCCUGACAUGGGUACAAUGUGUGAAGCCCAUUUCAGGUGUCCCCCACCGUGAUAUUGCUGGAAAUAUUGCUAAAAGCGGCGUAAAACCAUACUCACUCACUCACUCUUACCAAAGUAGGGUUUUGGAUACAAACAGUAACAAUUAUACAUUCUCAAUAAGACUCAAUAAGAAAAGAAAAUUCACGCCAGAACUAACUGAAAGGACUGAUAAGCAAGAACAGUUAUAAACCUUGACUGUGAUAAGAUAACUCUAUACAUAUAAUGAUGGGUAUGUACAUUCUUCACAUUUCUUGUACAAAGCUGAGUUUGAGUUCAAAACAAUUUCUUGAAAAUUCAAGAAAAUAAUUAUCGUGUUUCCUGUCAUAUUUUUUUCCCAUGAUAAUGAAGCCGUGGCUGGUGCAUUGUAAAACAUUUCCUUUUUCAAGUGAAUAGCAGAAUUAUUUACACAUUACAUCGUAAUAUUUGAUACAUUAAGUGAAUGUUCUCCAUCCUCCGUCAUACAUGUGCUCAGUACCUCAGAUUGUCAAUUGUCCAGUCUCCAAGUUUACAUCAUUUCCUGCCUGUUUAAAUGUUGAAGAUGACACUGCCUCAAAGUGUACGGCAACAAUCUCAUUUUUAAACUGUUUUCUGUGUUUCUCACUGUCUGUGUGAAUUGUGAUUAUUUCGUGGGGUAAGUGGACGAGGUCAAGGAUAGCCUGUGUCCACGAGUACAUCGAGGAAACUCCAGCUCUUGCGGAAUAUAUCAAUAAAACUAAGUACUCA